ACUAGAGUGGCCCUGCGGACCUAUUCUCGGAGCCCGAAUGUUGUGCGCACAGAUCGUGUUUUGAAUUCCGAGGUCAUUGUGGUUUGAACUUCACAAUGGGCUGCCGUCCGAUUUUCUUGCUCCUGGCAGUAACGUUUACUGUCUUUCUUAUGUUUGCUAUCUCAAUCUUUGCUGGUGGGAUUCUGAAUAGAAUCCGUGGUGGAUACCGAGACGUUGGCGAGAGUUGGAAGCUCAGCUAUUGGGAGGCUCAUGUCGUUACUCGCCUUGUGUUUGCUGUUCCCAUCGGACUGACAGCGGGCCUGUGUGGAUGGCACUUGAAGGGUGGACUCGUUGUGAUGCUGAUGACUUGGUUUAGUCUUUAUGUUGGAUGGGGAUGUUACAUGUCAAUUGGAGACAAUCCGCAUGGAAAUCUGAGUCGGUCUGGUGUUUUUGACUGGUUGAUUGGUCGUCAAGGAAAUGAUUGGAAUGAGCUGCGAAUGGUGUCUCGUGAUUACGCAGGCAUGUCUCUGCGUGGCCUCAUCUGGACUGCUCCCAGUGGCUACGCUCUCUACUACAUGGGCUACGGCUGGCAAUAUGCCAUAUCAGGCAGUCUAAUGGGUUUCAUAUAUUAUCUUGGACAAAAAACCCCAAUAGACAGCGGACCACUUACACCGGAUUUUGCUCGUGGUAUUCCAGUAUCCGAAUUCUAUUGGGGAGCAUGGAUAUGGAUGGUUGUCUUCUUCUCAUCUGUCGCUCGCAUGACCGAAUACGUCGUGAAGCGUUGGGAAAGGAAAUCGGACGCAAGCGACGUUGACUACCCACAACCAACCUACAAACGAUCCAACUGGACAACAGGAAAGUUCAAUCGUCGCGUCUUAGCUGUUCUGUUCGAAUGCCUUCACGUGAGUCUCAACGUUGUGUUCGCGGCGUCGGUUUGUUUCUACGCGAUUGUCGAUCAGUCAGACGUGAGAAACAAGGCACAGACGUUUUUCGGCAUGUUCACGGCGAGCGCAUUCUUACUCUUUGCUCAAGCGUUUAUUAUCGGGAAAGCGUGGACUAUCUCCUGGAUCAGACGUAUUCAGAAACGACGACGAGAAAUGGCGCCUCAUCGAGGAACCUCUGGGCUAAUGCAACCGGAAAUACGAGGGACACACCCGGUUGUACAUCUCAAUCGAGUGGAAACGAAUAAUGUACGUUACCGUGGCAACAAUUCAACGUUAUCACCGGAUCCGUUUGGUAACUUAGUGACGAGAUCAAUGUUUGUGCCUCUGGAGCAGCACAGUGAGGAACCGCCGGGUUACAAUACGGCACAACGAGUACCGUCUCUUCAAGUGUCGAGUGUAAUUGCUAGUCAACCGAGUGUACAACGUUCGGAGUCGGAGUCGUCGAUCGGAUCGGAUGACGUCGUGCCGACGGUCAUUGAAAAACCGAGAUCGUUUAUGUGGGAUUUUUGUGCGUUGCUACAUAUUGUCACCGGCUGGAUUCGUAAUGUGUUCGGGCUUCUUGGCAUUGUGGGUGUGGUCAUUGCCGUGUUGUUCACUGUGAUUGAUUUGGUGUGGAACUUUCACACUGCACGAUUUGUCGAUCGCGAUUUGGUGUACGAGAACUUCACACAUGCGUAUGAAUUCUACAGCUGGUGAUGGGAAUUCGGUAUUCGUUGUUCUCGUCUUGUUUGUGUUGAGUUGUAAUUCUAAGAGUUCAGGUUUAAGUGGUAAUAUGACGUCAUUAUGCAUUAUGAAAUAUCUGAAAUAGACAUAUUGUUAAAUUUAAAUAUGACAAAUUCACAAUAUGAUAAUGA